AUGAUGCGGGAUAAGCUGGGUAGGAUUGCCUUGUUCGACCUUGGAUGUGCCUUGGCUGACCGUCCGCUGCCCAGGGAUGACAUGACUCAGGAGUAUCUCGAUAACUUUGCUAUCUGGCAUCAGAAUCCUCUACUCCUGGACGUUCCCUUCACCCCAAAGCAUGUGCGCUAUCUUAAGUCACUCGACUUCGAUAGGCUGAAGAAAAUCUGGGUAUACUAUACGUAUCCCCAAUAUGUGGUCGCGGAGUAUGAUAGAGCCAGACGACGCGAAAGGCUGCGGAGGUCAUCUCAGAAUCGCCAUGCUCAGCAUCGUUCGAAGAGCCUCACUAAUCCUGGUCCAGUACGGCAGGUGUUCGGGUAUCUUGUAACCCCUAAGGGCGGACCAGAGCCUUCGGAGGUGUCUCGGCGAGAUGACACUCCAGUGGAAGAUAGAAGUGCUCAGGCGCCCCCUCCUAUGCGGUUGUCAGUGUCGGCGGCACGGGAUACCGCUUCCUGCUCGCCUGGUCCUGAAGGGACAGGCUCAUCGCCCAAUCAACGAUGCGACAGUUCUGAUGUGGGAAGUGAUAAUGCAACUUCGAGUGGGGAGGAGGCGGGAUGCUCUAAUGACGAUUCUGUGUCAAGUCAGCCUAGCGCCCUAGUAAAGGGACGGCCACGUGCUGAUACUGUGGCUGUUGGUAAGGCUGAUGUGGUCGAGGAGGAUGAGAAGACCAAGAAUAGUCAUGAGACUGCUGAUCAUGACGAAGUUGGGGACUAUGAUGAGCUCAGGCUUGUGCCUGCGAUCGAUAUGGUCAACGUGAUGGAGGCUAAUGUACGAUUCCUUCUGAGAUGUGCUGAGACCGAUAAACCCAUGCUAUUCGCUGCCGAGGUACUGUAUAGUGGCCUUUACGAGCGAGUGUGGCAUGAGCUACCUACCGGAGUGCAGGACUUUGAUGCCUUAGGAGAUGCUCUAGUCGAUAUCGCCAGUGUCGAGUCUGUGUACGAUAUCUUCACUGAUUGGGAUGAUAGGCGUACUGGUCGUCGUCAUGUGAACAUGUUGUGGGCCGGCCCUCCUAGACCGACGCUGCCUCUGUGCAAAGGUUCGGAUGCUGCCACCGUUAACAGUGAUAAGCUCAGUGUUCCUACGAACAGCGGCUCGAUGUCGUGUCACAGCAGCUCUGGGGUGUCCCAAUUCGAUGGUGAAAUUGAGAUGGUUGGAUUUGAUGACGACACUAACGUUGAGGCGGCCGCCAAUGAUAGCAGCAAUGGAGAAGAUAAAAAGUCCACAGUGUUGAUACCAACCUUUGCUCUGGAGAUGAUCGGAUCGUCUCUGAGGAGUGAUGCCUACUCCGCUGCCUUCUGA